ACAAUUUAACUACAUUGGUUUUUCCGCGAACAUGGAGGAGGUUGUGUCAGAUCUUGUGGCACCAGAGGAUCUAAAGAGGUUUGAGAAGAAGUAUAAUUCUGAACUGGUGAAAGGGCCUGUUUCCAAGGCAACCACUUUUGAAUAUGCCUGGUGUUUGAUCCGAAGCAAGUACUCCAAUGACAUCAUAAAAGGAAUUCAGCUUUUGGAAGAACUGGUAUAUUCAAGCAAGAAAGAUGAUCAGAGAGACUUUCUAUUCUACCUCGCUGUUGCCAACUAUAGACUUAAGGAGUAUGAGAGGGCAGUAAAAUACAUUCGUACUCUGCGGAAGAAUGAACCAGAUAACAAACAGGCCCUGGAAUUGGAAAAACUAAUCAACAGCGCAUUAAAAAAAGAUGGCUUGGUAGGCAUGGCGAUCGUUGGCGGUAUUGGAUUAGGUGUGGCUGGAUUGGCAGGCCUUAUUGGUAUGGCAGUUGCUAAAGGUGCAAAGUCCUAAUAUGGAUUCUUGGAAAAGCACACAAGAAUUCCAUCUCCUCUCCUGAAAAGAGACUGGAUUCAACAUCCAGUCACAUUAAAUCAUGAGAACUGGCUGUUUUUAUUUUUCUGACAUCAGCUAUGUAUUGAACACUCAUAUUUGACCAGGAUCCUUUUGUUUGACUUUGCAAACUGCUCUUAACUCAUGCUGCUUUAUUUGUAUACAUAGAAAGUUGGAAUUGGAAUGAAACCUUGCUGAUUUAAAGUGAUAGUUCACAGAAAAACAAACAUUUUAUUCACACUUAAAACCUGUAUAUGACUUUCUUUUGUGGAAUACAAGAGGAGAUGUUUUGAGAAAUGUCCAUACAAUGAAAGUCAAUAAGAUCCAGUGUUGUUUGUAGGCAUGUGCCGGUAUCAAUUAACUGCGAUUAAUUGAUUAAGGUUUCGUCGCGGUAUUAUGGCAGUAUUCAAUUCUAUGAGAAAUGCAGGUUGAAAAUAUAAUAUAAACCAACUUCAGUGUUUUCCUCUUGAUAACAACUUUAUUUUAAAUAAUAAAGAGAACCUCAAACAUUUAAAUACAAUAUAAAUAAAACAACACACAUUAAUGAUGUAUAAAGUGAGUUUAUUCAAACAGAAUAAAGUGCAAACUGCAAAAGAACAACUUUUGUUAACUGCUUUUAAAUAUACUUAUGUCUGUGCAACGCUAGUACUACAAUUCAUAUUAUUGUUGUUGUUGUUGUUUGAAUAACAAGCCAAGCCAGUGUGUUAACUAUUAUAGCAAGCUAAACAUUUAUAAACAGCAAAUUCACUCACACUUUGUGACAGUGUAUGACUUUAUUGCGUUCCAUCAACGUAUAAUGAAAAUAAUUAUUCUGCCACACUGUCAAAUUUCAUUACUCGGCUUACUUUUAACCAAAAAUAUUUCCAAACCUCAGACUUCACCCUUUUAGAAGGGGGAUAAAUCGUCGGCAGCGUUCCUCCUUCCGCCAUGCUUCCUCUCCGUGUGGUACUGUUUACAUCACAGUGCGCACACACGCGUAGGCAUCUCCACAUGGGCAAUGGGAUUGUUUAGAUCAGAGUGCGCAUUCCUACGCAGCAUACACGCAGUGUACUUUUAUCCGGUUGAUGAAAAAUAAACAAAUACGCUUUCUAAAAAUCAAAAUGCUGAUCUAUAUAUUUUCGCGGUAUUUGAAAGUGCCCGCGAUAAAAACAUCGCGCGAAUCCAUUACCGCGGUUAAUCGCAGUACCGGAUAUCGGCACAUGUCUAGUUGUUUGGUUCUUCAAAAUAUCUUUUGUGUCCUUGUUCUGUUAAAUACUGUUAAAAAAGGAAGAAAUGCAGAGAUUUUUUCAUGUGCAUCAUGUCUUGGCUUAUACCGUUUGUCUAGCAACGCUCCCAGGGACACAUGACGUGAUAUUUGAUCGUUCUUCCUUUAGGAACUCACUUGUUUUUAACUUUGUCUGCUAAAUGCAUAAAUACAUUUAAUGUUGGAAAUUUAUUUGUGAUUUUUAGACAUAACAAUGUCAUGAACAUUUCUAGUGAAAAUAUUUAUAUUUUUAGCAAAACAAUUUUGACUAAGCUCUAAAGGGUUUGGAAAGCACUUGUGCUUAAAAUGAGUACGAAAUUGAAAGAGUCUGGGAAUCCUGGUAAGAGCUAAUAAGUAAAACUGAUUUGUAAAGCUGCUGGUUAAAAAGUCACUCACACCGUCAGUGUCUCUCAUGCAUCAUUAGCUCAAUAGCUCCCAGAUCUAGAAGUAUCUCAAAUCAACUGCCAGGCCUUGAAAGUAACAAAUUCCCCAUGAAACCUGUUUUUGUAAGAUCAUGUCUGAUAAUACCAUCAGUUUAAUGCUGGAUACGAUUCACUCUUGCUCUUCCCACAUUAUUCAUCAGGGCUCAGAGUGAAGCACGUGUUAUCAUAUCUCAGUUUUACAACGGUUUAGUUUAUGGUUACCAUUAGUAGCAUCAUUUUAUAACGCAGGAUUUAGGUUACUUAUUAACUGUAAAGUCAAAUGAUGACAGGAUGGUCUCUUUUGGAUGAAGACAUUGCCUAUUGCAGAAAACAAUCCUUAUCAUCUGUAUCUAUUUUCUAUCUGCUCUAUCUUUUUGACCGUCUGACUUUCUGUCUGUCUUUUUUAAAUUCACAGCUGUGGAACAAUCAAAUUCAUCAAAAGAAGAAUGAACAAUAACUAAAUGUUACUUUCCAAUAAGUUUGUAUUUGAAGGGUUUGGUUCCAAAACGAGAUAACAUUUAACAAAAAAAAUCGUGUUUUUUAUUAUAUUAUCAUUUUUUUAUUGUGUUAGUUAGCUGUAUUUUUUUGUUAUUAUGGGUUCAAUCUAGAGAUGCACCGAUUGCAAUUUUCUUUGCCGAUUCCGAUUUUAUUACAAGUGAAACCUGCCGAUUCCGAUUUUUGCCGAUUCCGAUUUUCUAUCCACAAACUAUAAUUGACAGUAUACUGUAUAUAAAACCAUAAUAACUUUUCUUCAAUACACAUUUUUUAUUUUCGUUGAAUAAAUGAUUGAACAUUACAAUUUCCCCAAAUUUCCCUAAAUGCAGUUCUCCAAGCUGCAUUAAAUUACAGAAUCUUCUCUUUCCCAAACAACUCUUAAAUUGAAUAACUCUGUGACUGAAAAGAAGUACAAAUAAUAAAAUAUAACUAAACAUGUCACUUAAUUUACCUUUUUCAUUUUUGUACUCAUCUCACAAAAGUCUAAGAUAACAAUAAAAUACUUCCAACUUUA